GCAUAUGGUAAAAGCUAGCUUUUUAGAGGGAACAGCUUUUUAACAAGGUGAACUGAAGAUUUGAGGGAUAGAGUCCCAGAGAGAUUUAGACUCCAAGCGGCAGUGCAGGGACCAGGAGAGCCUACUUGAGGUACAGCACAAUAAAACCCAAGCAACUGCUGCCAUGGCGGGGAAGCCAGUCCUUCAUUACUUUGAUGGCAGGGGAAGAAUGGAGCCUAUCCGGUGGCUCUUGGCUGCAGCUGGUGUGGAGGGUUUCUCUGUGUAGCCCUGGCUGUCCUGGAACUUGAUCUGUAGACUGGGAUUAAAGGCUUGUACCGCCAUGCCUGGCUCCAAAAUAAGACUUGUAAUUACAGUAUCCAAACAGCUAAGGCUUAAAGGAAGAGAAGCUAGUUUGAAGAAAAAUUUCUGAAAACUCGGGAUGACCUGGCAAGGUUACGAAGUGAUGGGAGUCUGAUGUUCCAGCAAGUGCCCAUGGUAGAGAUCGACGGGAUGAAACUGGUGCAGACCAAAGCCAUUCUCAACUACAUUGCCUCCAAAUACAACCUCUAUGGGAAGGACAUGAAGGAGAGAGCCAUCAUUGACAUGUACACAGAAGGAGUGGCGGAUCUGGAGAUAAUGAUUCUCUAUUACCCCCACAUGCCCCCUGAGGAGAAAGAGGCAAGCCUUGCCAAGAUCAAGGAACAAACCAGGAACCGUUACUUCCCUGCCUUUGAAAAGGUGUUGAAGAGCCAUGGACAAGAUUAUCUCGUUGGCAACAGGCUGAGCAGGGCUGAUAUUGCCCUGGUUGAACUCCUCUACCAUGUGGAAGAGCUGGACCCGGGCGUUGUGGACAACUUCCCUCUCCUGAAAGCGCUGAGAAGCAGAGUCAGCAACCUCCCCACAGUGAAGAAGUUUCUUCAACCUGGCAGCCAGAGGAAGCCUUUUGAUGACGCAAAAUGUGUUGAGUCAGCAAAGAAGAUUUUCAGUUAAUUCAGGCAACUAUAAGUACAUAGCCCCCACAAAGCCAACCUUCUAAAAUUUUGCAUCACAUUGAAGUGUUUUGACUAAGUGUUGACCCUACUUAGAAAGCUAACAAGUUUUCUAAGGCGUCUGUGUCAAUUCAGGUAGACAUGACUGACGAGGAACGGCCGGAUGCUCUCUAGUUGUAGUUAAAAUUGAAAUCAUGAUCACUUCCUCGGAUAUUUUCUUACUGUUCAAUAAAACAAAACAAGCUUCUUAGACUCUGGAGUAUUCGAACAUUGUCAUUCAAUAGCUGUCAUAUCCUUGUCAAACGGAGAAAUCUUCCUGUCAAAUUCUGGUUGAUGCAAAAAUAAUCUUUCCUUAUGGAGAGUGCCCUUCCUGACCAAAUACACACAGAUGUGUGCACACUCAAACUGUGAGGAACUCUUUUCCUUUAACUUAGUAAUGGUUUUCUUAUUCAGUUAUACAAACAAUACAUUUAUGUUCAAUAUAGAGCAAUUGAUUUCCCUGGGGCUGCAUGAAUGAUGGAUACAGCAGGGACAAUCAAAUUACCCAGCCACAGAAUCUUGAAUUUCUGUAAUAAAAGUAUUAAAAACUUAGGUAUUCCUAAUACAGAACUGGACAUUCUGUGUGUCCCAUUCCUAAGGUUUCUAUAACAAUGUACCACAAACUUUGUAUCUUAAAAUAAUAUAAACUUAUUCUUGCUCA